CGUCGCAAAACUACGACAGAACCCGUGAGAACCCCCAAAAAUCUUCGAAAACAAAACUCCAAAAAAUGUCACAAGUGUCCGCAGCCCCCAACAAUCCCCCGAACCCCAAAAUUCCGAGGUUAGAUAACUAAAAUUAUUUGUUAACCGAUGAAUAAUGCGGGAAUCACCAAAAUUCCUCGCAAAAAACAGGAGUAAUCAGUCAACAAUGACGUAUCCCGUGAUAACAUGACGAAUAAACUGGAGAUAUUGUUCGUGGUGAGCAUGAGUGAAUCAAGUGCAAAGACGUAGAGCUGUCAACAAAAAUCAAUCAAAAAUAAUUGAUUAAUUUACCACUGACGAACUGGUGAAAGUAAAAACGAAGGAACGAUAAGAAUCUGUAUAAAAUCAAAGCAACGGUAAUUCGUAGGGUAUAUAGGGCCGAUAUAUGAUGGCACAGCAGGUGUACAUAUUUCAUAAAACAGACAGAGUGGCUGUGGAAUUUGUUGAUCCACCGAAUGGUGCGGUAAAAAAAAUCAUCUCCAUCGAAGCUCACGUAUUUUUAUCAACGACGAGUCACUUCGUCUAUCAUGGGGAGGUUCAUACGUCUGGUGAUGAGGGGCAUCGUGUCACACUCAGGAGAAUUGAUUUUACUGCUGCUGAUAUAGCAAGUGACUCGAAGAAUCUUUUCAUCAUUGAUGAGAGUGGACACGUUUUGAAGAUCGUUCCUGGGAGCUUGGAGGUGGUGGAGACCAUUAUCUUGAGAGAUGAAGUGAAACUUUGUAGUCAUGGCUGCAAACAGGAGAACGAGACGUUAAAACUCCGUUCCCUGUCGACCUCCCCCACAUCCGCCCUGUUCACAACGGAUUCAGGUCACCUGUGGGCAUCAGGCUCCCACCCCCAGCUCUCAAUCUCCACCGCGAACCCCAAACCCGUCAUCUUCUUCGACGGCCGAACAAUUUCCUCCACCUCCUCAGGCUCGAAUUUCCACGUGGUGAUUGCCCGUAAGACCCCAAAGACCCCCAAAGACGACACAGACAGUGAGAACGACCCCGACGAGGUGUUCGUCUCAAGUUGCCCGCAGUGCCUGAGCACAAUCAGGCCAUCCCCCCAGAGUCUGACGUCCUCAGACACCUGCCCGAUGGCCCUCCACCCGCACCAAUAUUCAUCGGAUCCUUCGCUGACGUCCCUAACCCCCCAGACCCACUCCCCCACUCCGGCGCACCCCGACAGGGGCCCAAAACUCGUCAACGGUCAUCGACAAUCAGAUGCAUGCAAAGACGAAUCCAAGAAGAACGUCAUCUUCAUCAAUACCGAGGCAGCCAGACAGUUUCUGACUCGUCAGCUGUCCUGGGUGUCCUCCUACGGAAACGUCAAGGAAGAAACCGAACUCACGACGAACCCAACGGGACUGAUCAAGCAGAACGUCUCCAACAUGGCGAAUCUGGUGUACGAAGGAGUGAAGACCAUGGGUGACAAGGUGGCGACCCUCUCCCGUCACGUCUCGGGCUCCUCCGAGAUCAACGACAUUCGCGACGACAUCACAGCUGACUUUGAGGACCUGCUGGAAGACAACAAGCCGUCAGCAACAAGUCUAAGCCUCGCCCAGAGCCUCCGUUGCGAGGAGUUCCCCUGGUCUUCGUCCACCGGUUCCCUAGAGCACGAGCUCUCCCAACAAGGCCUCAACGAGCGCAUCAACUCCCUCGUGGACAUCGGCACGAACCUCCUGUCUACGGAGCUCUGGACCUGGGGGGACGUGUCGUUCGGCCAACUGGGCACGGGCGACAUCAUCAAGCGGCCCAAGCCAGUGCUCGUUAACAAGCUCCACAAUACGGGUGUCAAAAAGGUGUCGUCAGGGCUGUAUCACACGUUGUCCUUGACUUUAGACGGAAGGGUCUUCGGAUGGGGGAGGAACGACCACUUCCAGGUGCACGCCGACUCGGCGACAGACCAAAGUUCUCCAAAACUCAUGUCUCCAUUCGCGAAUUCUAGAAGAGCGAGAGACAUCUCGACAGGGGACAGACACAGCUUGAUCGUCUUCGACGACGACCUCUUCUUCAUAGGCAGCCCGUCUGGGACGGGGCUGCCAGCUGAGAAUGAGAAGACUAAAGUCACGAGACUAGACACCCAGAACUCUAUCAAGUACAUAUCAUCAUCAGGGAGCUAUUCCCUCUGCUCAACAAGCCCCUCGUCGCCCCCUGGAGUCACCGAGGAUCUGAAGAUCGAGCAGAUAUUCCUCGAGGAGAUGAUCACUGUUCAUCAGAACUUCAUCAAACCCUUUCAGAAGAAGGCUGGAGCCACCCAGGAGUCCAACGUCUACGACACCCUCUGCAGGUGCUACUCUGAGCUGCUAUCGCUGACAGCCUUGAACGUGUCGACCCUCGAGGACUACUCCAAUCAGAUCGGUGAAGCUUACGAGGUGUCCUUGGUCUCUCAUUACGAAGAGUUCAUCGCGGUUUACAAGUACUACCUCAAUGCGAUCUGUGAUGCUGUCAGUCUAGGGGGAUUUGGACACAUGGGGAAGAUGAUGAGUGAUCUGCCAGCUGUUGUUACAAAGUUGUUCAACGACUCCUCAUCGACUCCCGAUCAUCAGACCCCAAGGAGGACUCAGGAGGUCAUCGCGGUGGCUCUGCAGUACCCCUUGACAAGGCUAAACAGGUACAAGCACAUGAUUCAAACGCUGAUCAAGACGAACGGCUCCAAGAUGGGGAUCGAGCGGCUCCAGGAGGCCUUGAUCAAGUGGGAGAGGAUCAUUGAUGACCAAGAGAGGAGGGUGAAGGAGGCCGAGAUGACGCGAGUCUUUUGGGAGAGCUCAGGAAAGCUGGUCGAUCUUCUUCGAGCACCCGAGAGAAGACUCAUCCGAGAGAGCAGAAGCCAUCCGAUCUUCCUCUUCAACUCAAGUAGAUUCACCUCCCACUGGUUCAUCCUCUUAACCGACAUCUUCAUCCAUGCGUCAGGAGCUUCUCACACGGUGCACGCCCUGCAGACCCUCUGGGUGGAGCCCCUGGCCGACUCCGAAGGGCUUCAGAACGCCCUGUCCAUCGUCACCCCUGAAGAGAGCUUUGUCCUGUACACUAGUGGAGCUAGUGAGAGGAACGAAUGGCUCCAGGGGUUCCAGAGCGCCAUCAGGAACAGCCUUCCUAGGGUGGUGGGGUCCACCCCUCCCAGGGACAGGUCCUGCACGUACCUCUUCCUGAAGCAUCCUGUUUUCAAGGACGCCAAGUACGUCGGCAGGUGGAGCAACGGGAAGGUCCACGGCUUCGGGAAGAUGGAGUGGGCUGACGGACGCUUGUACACCGGGCAGUUCUACAAGGGAGUCAUUCAGGGCCACGGCAGGAUGGAGGUGCCCACUCAGGGAAUCUACGAGGGCAUGUGGAGGGAUGGUGUCCAGAACGGCUGCGGGGUGUUCAGGUACAUCAAUGGGGACGUCUACGAGGGCAUCUUCAAGGACGGCGUUCCGCACGGUCACGGGAGCAAACGGGAGGGGCAUUUCAUGGCCAGUGUGGCCACUGUCUACAUCGGGGAGUGGGCGGCCGGGGUGAAGAGCGGGUACGGGGUGAUGGAUGAUAUCAUGACCGGGGAGAAGUACCUGGGCUCGUGGAGUGGGGACAUGAAGCAUGGCUGCGGCCUCAUUGUCACCCUCGACGGGAUUUACUACGAGGGGGUCUUUGUCCAGGAUGUCCUCACGGGUCACGGUGUCAUGGUCUUCGAAGACGGCACCCACUACGAGGGGGAAUUCAAGUCUGCGGGCACCUUCUGCGGAAAGGGCACCCUGACCUUCCGCAGUGGUGACCGCCUUGAGGGCACCAUCAACGGCGCCUGGAAUGAGCCCGUCAAGGUCACGGCCACCCUCCACAUAUCCAAGGCUUCCUCCCACCCGGAUCCCUCGCCCAAGCCCCCCUCCUUUGGGAAACUCUGCGUCCCGCCCGAGCAGAAGUGGAAAGCCAUCUUCCGGCAUUGUUAUCAGCAGCUCGGGCUGCCCGACCUCCAUCCCCCCACCCCUCCCAAUUCUAAAGAGACUCCCCAGAAGAGGGAGUCGACUCCUGAGAAGAAAAAUGAGACUCAAAAGCUCUGGCAGAAUGUCGCGGUGAUCAUUAACAAGUCCCAUCAAAAGUCAAUGUCCAAUCGAACACAUUUGAAUUUCCCGCCGUCGAAGGUAGACCGGGAUAAGGACAGGGCGACCACCGAAAAACUCAUGAAAAUACCAGAACUAGGGGAUAAAUUGACUAGGGAAAUUUACGGGGAAGUCCACGAUUACUUGAUGAAUGCGUUUGAGAGUCGGCAUCAUCCGCUGGGGUGUUUGCUGUCGGAGCUGUCGGGGGUUUACACGGCUACCUAUGGGGGCGUGAGGGUGCACCCUCUUCUGCUGUCGCAUGCCGUUGCGGAGUUGCGCAGCAUUACUAUGAGGAUCUAUGAGAUUGUCGUCCUGUUCUUUCCGGCUCUGCCGAAGGGGGGGGAGGAGUGCAUCCUCGAGGGGCAGGGCGAGGAGGAGAGCAAGGUCAUCAGUGCGGCCGCCAUACUGCAUCCGAUAUUGCUGCCCAGGGUCCACUCCGCCCUUUUUGUGCUUUAUGCGCUGCAUAAUAAGAGGGAGGACGACGCCUACUGGGAGAGACUGGUCAAGUGGAACAAACAGCCGGAUCAGACGCUGAUGGGGUUCCUGGAUAUUGACCAGAAGUUUUGGGGGAGGAUCAGGGAGGUCAGGGCCGAUGGGAUGGAGGGGAAGGAUGGGGGGUUCGGGGAGGCUGUGGAGACGCUGCAGCAGCUGAAGACCACUUUCUCACCGCUGGAGAAGCUGUUGGUUAUUCGGAGCACUUUUGAACAGAUGACUAAGACAGUACAAAAGCAAUUGGGUACAACUUACCUGUGGACAAUGGACGAGUUAUUUCCAGUAUUUAACUUCGUUGUUGUUCGCGCCAGUGUUUUACAAUUAGGAAGUGAAAUACAUUUCAUUGAAGAUUUUAUGGAGCCACAUCUCGUUAACGGUGAGUUGGAUAUAAUGUUCACGACAUUGAAAGCCUGCUACUACCAGAUACUUCAGGAGAAGAUGAGCAUGACCGAUUAGUUAGUGGAAGACAUUUCAAAGACAUUAUAAGACAUAUUUUUAAUAAAUUCUCAUGUGAUAUUUAGAGGUCGUGCGCGACCAUUUCCAUUUUUAAAUUUAUCUAGAGGUGAUUGGAGACGAUGAUAAUGUCUAAGUGGUGGGGGAAAGGCAUCAGACAUGAGGGGAUGGUCUUGCAAGAUGUAUCCGACGAAUUGUUAAUCAAGCUUUAAUUGUUAAGUUGAGCCAAACCAUUCGGUUGGUGGUUUUUACGUAAUUCCAAUGAAUUGUAAGGACUAUUAGGGACUUAAUUGUGGGUUUGUGCAAGAUAUUUUAAUGACGAAUGACAAGGAUAUUUAUUGAAAUAUAUGAAACAAUUGUUUUUUGAA